AUGAUCAACCUCAUUAAUCGCUUCACAUUCUUCCUUACUGCCGCACUUGCUUUAAUCACUUUUGUGAAAUGUGAUAAUCUGUUCAUUGGUUGUGGUGAUGAGAUUGAUUUUGUAGAAAUGACAUUCACCACACCUUUCAAAAAUGUUUGUUAUACCAUGUGUAAAAAUUAUUCGUACACGUACUAUACACACAAAGCCGAUCUAGGUCAAUGUGUAUGUUAUAUCUAUCCUCCUCCCGCAGCGGAAUACGUACCAGGUGCUCCGGAUGCUUGUGAAGGACAAAUGCAAUACAAUCUGAUCAAAUCCAAUUGGGAAUUCCUCAAAUGUUAUCAUCCAAAAGAUAUGUCUGAAACACCUUCGGAUUCAUUCAAAGCUUGUAUGGACGGAUGUGCUCCUCAUGAAGUCGCUAUCGCUAAGCCUACUGGUAUUUUCCCUGGUCAGACAAAUUGUAUCUGUGCUUCCGAGCACGAUCUCAAUGGAUUGGAAGAAGGCAAGUGUGAUUUCAAGAUGUAUUACGCUUACAAGCAUACUCCGACUCCUGUCCCAACUUUCAAAAGAGCUUUGAGAGCUUUAGCAGUAGCUCAGAGACAAGCGUUUCGACCUCGAGGUCCGUACUGA